AUGAGUGUUGAUCGGAGCCCGAUUUAUGCGCGUAUUUCUUCUUGAGGAUAUUAAUGUUAUUCUCGACAAUUUUAACAUUUUUAUUUAUUAUGUUUGAUUAGAAUCAUCUUCUAGCCUACUCAGUUCAUGGAUUCUUUAACGGAAUAAGGAUGGCACACAACAACGAAGAUAAGAAAGAUAACAUAACCUCUAACCCCACCCUUUCCUUUCACCCAACUACAUCCACAUCACGACCAAAUCUGCAUAACAAUACGUUUUCCUCGAAGGUAUGUGAAUUUAUGCAUGCUGAUGUCUCCUUUUAGAUCGCGGAAACUUUUUUAACAGCUGGUCAUGCUUUUCAAAAAUUGGGUGACUUAACAGUCGGCUUAAAUGCAGUUAACGUUGAUCAUGAAGAGAAGUAAGUGAUCAUAUGGCCAUAAUCGAUUUAUUUUAGCCGCUGGACUGAAAAGGACAUCGACAAUUUGCGCGACGCUAUAACACGGUUCGCCAAUGAGCUGGAUAAUAUAUCCGGAUCGCUUUUGACAAGAUCAAAGUGAGUUUUAUUUCUAUUAUUGUUAAUUAUUCUUUAGGAAAAUGAUACGAACCGACAUCAAACGUCGGACAUUGCAAAUGGGGACAGAGAUUGGAGGUGCGACACUGUCAGGCGGGCGGACGAUAUUGAAACCAGUGUCGCAAACGGAUCCAUAUCUUCAGCAGUCGGUGCUUUCCUUAAAUCCGGCCACUUCAAAGAGUUCUCUGGCCACGACCUCGAGUAUAUCAACAUCCCUCAACAACAUCGAACAGAAACCUUCCACCAGUGGUAAUCAGAAUGCGCUUGAAAGUCGGUUGACACCAGCAAACGGAGCAACUUCGUCUGUUUCCUCUUCUUCUCCUUCCACGUCAGGUAGUUGAAGUUUCCAUGUGCAACACAACAAGAGAAAGAGUAUUUGUGGUUUAUAUUGUAUUUUUAGCUAUUUCAACGUCAUUAACUUCAAGUGCUUCGCACCUUAAACAUCCAGUUAUCAAAAAAGUAUACGUGAACAGUGGCAAUCAACCGUUAGCAGCUUUGCGACGGCAAGCGGCACCGAUUUACCGUAAUCAAACACCGAGCAUAAGUUCGGUAAGCCUAUUUAUUGGAGAAUAUUUGUUUACAUAUGACUUUAUGAGUAGACUCAUUUCCGUGUUUCCCAUUGCAUUUUUAGGGAAACAUUCGACUGAUUGGUCAGAAUAUAAAUCCAGGCCGAAAACUAUUGAUUUCUCAGAAUAAUUACGUUCGUGUGGUUGCACCGCAGGACACAGAUCGGCAACGGCCACUCGCUGUAUCAGGGCGUGGCCGAUUUCAACUCCCAAAUGGCUUCGCGAACGAAGAAAUCGUGUACACUUCAGCAGGACCUCAGGACACCAGAAAUAUGAAACGACCUCUAACCGAGAGCUCUCAGGUACCCAGUAAAGCGCCUAAACUCGAGACUGCUGAAACCUAA